GCAGCAUGUGCGCCCAAAAUAAAACCAGGCUACAGGCACAGGCAGGCACCCCUCGUACUCUCCACCGAUUCACCAGCAAAUUUCUCAGCUCCGGCCUGCCGGCAGACCGGCGUCCGCACCACCGAGCCACCGAUGGCCUCCUCCCCGUGGCCGCCAGCCGCCGGUGCCACCCCCGCUCCGCCGCCAGAAGAAGAAGCAGCAGCUGCCGCCGCCAUCUCCGCCCCGACGUCGGAGCAGCACCCGGUCAAGGAGGGAGGAGAAGCUGCCGCCGCGGCUAUCCCGCUGCAGGAGGAGGAGGCCAAGCCCCAGUUGCCGCGAGACGACGACUCGGAAGCAGAAAUCCAAGAGCAUGAACAGAAGAUCAACAAAUACCAAGCAAUACUUGCUGCUCGUUUGAAUGCCAAGUUCUUCUCUAAAAAUAAUUUUGACGGAGGGAACAUCUUUGAAGCAGAAACUAUUGUUGAAGGUGAAACUAUUCAAUCAAGCAGGUGGCCGUGUACAAGAUCAUUUGCGAACCCAGAAUUUUUUUUCCGAGACAAGAACAGUCACGAGAAGGGCAAUUCUCCAUCUUCAUUGGCUGAUUCCUCUGCCAAGAACAAUUCUCCACCUUUAGCAGAUGAAGCCUCACCGAAAAAUAAUGCUAGUGCUUUGGCCACAGAGAACAAUCAAACUCCUGGAAAGAGAGCAAUCCAAGAAGACCUGACCUGAUGGGUUAACGGUAGGCUAAUCAGGUUGUUUGCUGUUCCUCUGUAGUCUGAGGAUAUGCAACCUGAAGUAUGUAAGCUAUCAUGAAAGGAAAAUUAACUCCAAAGAUGUUUGUAGCCUGCACUAAAUUUCACUUCAUUGAACCUGUUCCAGAAGCAUCUGUAGCAAGGAAUGUUGUUGCAUUCUUGAUAUUUAAAUUGAUGUAUUAUAAAAUAUACCUGGUGAACCAUUGAUUGGUUAUUCAAAUCUGAAUCUCAAAA